AUGGGCAGUACAAGUGAUAUUGGUAAUAAUGGCACAAUAUUUUCAAUUACCACCGCUGAAAUUGCUACUUCUCUUGCUUUCACAACUGGUGCUGUCGAGAUUGUCGCAGGACUGCUGCAUCUCGAUUUUAUAACUGCCUAUUUCUCGGAUCAGCUCGUAUCUGGAUUCACUACCGCAGCUGCAGUACAUGUUUUCAUUGCGCAAAUUGAUGACAUCUUCGGAAUCGAUGUACCAAAAUCGGGUGGAGCUGGAUAUAUUUUUAAGCGAGCGUACGAUAUUUUGGUGCGCAUUCCACAGGCCAAUUUGUGGACUUUGGGGAUGUCGCUGUUCGGAAUCGCAUUUCUUUACCUCGGCAAAGAGUGCGUUAGCCCAUUUAUAAACAAGCGUUUAUCGCUCAAAGUGCCAGUACCGUACGAACUUCUCCUAGUAAGUCUGUUUUAUAAUUUUAGAAAAAAGUAUGCAAAAAAUUAA